UAUUAUAAAUAUAGAAUGCAAUCACUGCAUGUAGUGUGAGUGUGGUACCAAAAAGAGAAAUUAAAUACACCCAAUGCAAACAUUGCAAACCAAUUCAUAGGUACAAAACUUAGCAAAAGAGAAAGAUGAAAAGCAUCACAUGUUAUUUGCUACUAUUGUGCAUGUUAUUUACAACGUGUUAUUCAUUAAAUAAUGAUCUUGAUGCGUUGCUAAAGCUAAAAAAAUCAAUGAAAGGAGAGAAAGCCAAAGAUGAUGCACUCAAAGACUGGAAAUUUUCAACUUCUGCUUCAGGUCACUGUUCAUUUUCCGGUGUCAAAUGCGACGGAGAACAACGAGUGAUUGCUCUAAACGUGACGCAAGUUCCACUCUUCGGACACCUUUCCAAGGAGAUCGGAGAGUUGAACAUGCUCGAGAGCCUUACAAUCACUAUGGACAAUCUCACCGGCGAGCUUCCAACUGAGCUAUCCAAACUUACUUCUCUUAGAAUCCUCAACAUCUCUCACAACCUCUUCUCCGGUAACUUCCCCGGCAACAUCACUUUCGGAAUGAAGAAACUUGAGGCUCUAGAUGCUUAUGACAAUAAUUUCGAAGGUCCUCUUCCAGAGGAAAUCGUUAGCCUGAUGAAACUCAAGUACUUAAGUUUUGCUGGAAACUUUUUCUCCGGUACAAUACCGGAGAGUUACUCGGAGUUUCAGAAGUUGGAGAUUUUAAGGCUCAACUAUAACAGUUUAACGGGGAAGAUUCCGAAGAGUUUGUCUAAGUUAAAGAAGCUGAAGGAACUCUGUUUAGGUUACGAUAAUGCUUACGCCGGUGGAAUUCCACCGGAGUUCGGUUCAAUCAAAUCUCUCCGAUAUCUGGACAUUUCUAACUCUAACCUCACCGGAGAAAUUCCACCGAGUCUUGGAAAUUUAGAAAACCUCGACUACUUGUUUUUGCAAAUGAACUACCUCACCGGAAAAAUUCCACCCGAACUCUCUUCAAUGCGAAGUCUCAUGAUGUUGGAUCUCUCCAUCAACGAACUCUCAGGGGAGAUUCCAGAAACCUUCUCAAAGCUGAAACAUCUCACUCUUAUCAAUUUCUUCCAGAACAAGCUUUGCGGUUCAAUUCCAGCGUUCGUCGGUGAUCUUCCUAACCUCGAAACGCUUCAGGUUUGGGACAACAAUUUCUCUUCUGUAUUGCCGCAGAAUCUCGGUUCAAACGGAAAGUUCAUAUACUUUGACGUUACGAAGAAUCACCUCACCGGAUUGAUCCCACCGGAGUUAUGCAAAUCGAAGAAGUUGAAAACGUUUAUCGUUUCUGACAACUUUCUCAGCGGUCCAAUACCUAACGGAAUCGGUGCGUGUAAGUCACUUGAAAAAAUCAGAGUCGCUAAUAACUACUUGGACGGCCUGGUCCCACCGGGAAUUUUUCAGUUGCCUUCUGUAACGAUGAUGGAGCUUAGAAAUAACCGUUUUAACGGCCAACUACCAUCGGAGAUUUCCGGCAAUUCUCUCGGGAUUCUCGCUCUUUCUAACAAUUUAUUUACCGGGAGGAUUUCGGCGUCCAUGAAGAAUCUCCGAUCACUGCAGACUCUGUUACUCGACGCCAAUCAGUUUGUCGGAGAAAUUCCGACAGAGGUCUUUGCUUUACCGGUGUUGACUAGAAUUAACAUAAGUGGCAACAAUCUCACUGGUGGAAUUCCAAAGACGGUUACUCAAUGUAGUACAUUGACAGCCGUUGACUUCAGCCUAAACAUGCUUACCGGUGAGGUUCCUAAAGGGAUGAAGAAUCUGAAGGUGCUAAACAUUUUGAAUGUUUCGCAUAAUAGCAUAUCGGGGCAAAUCCCCAAUGAUAUUAGAUUCAUGAUGAGUCUAACGACGCUGGAUUUAUCUUACAACAAUUUCACCGGAAUUGUCCCCACCGGUGGUCAGUUUUUGGUCUUCAACGACCGUUCAUUUGCGGGAAACCCUAGCUUAUGUUUCCCACACCAAUCAACAUGUUCUUCAUUGCUCUAUCCUUCGAGAAAAAGCCAUGCAAAGGAGAAAGUCAUCGUCAUAGCAAUUGUCUUUGCCACAGUGGUUUUGAUGGUAAUUGUAACAUUGUACAUGAUAAGGAAGAGGAAGCGUCACAUGGCAAAAGCAUGGAAGCUAACAGCGUAUUAGAUAAAUGAGUUCACUUCUUUAAAAUAAAUUAACAAAAGAAACUAUGCAAGUGAUUUGUACUUGUUGUAUAUAUCUAGUAGAUUGGCAGAAGUGAAACAACAAAUCAAGUGUGUAGUAUUAAAUAGGUUUGAAUUUCACAAUGUCGUGUGAUUUGAAAUAUUUUUACUGAUUGUGUUUCAUGAAAUUUUGUACAAUAGGGUAGGAUUAUUAUUUUGAAAAAGGGUUUUGAGUAGUACUACUAUUGUUAUUGUAACUUCAGCCGUGAAUGAAUAUGUGAAAAUAUAUGAUUUAGAUUUCUAUUAAAUGGGAAA